GAUAUAGAACAGUAGAAUCAAAAAAUUUAUUUUUAAAGAUACUACUAUAUAUUAAAUAUGUAUUUCUAUAUUUAGCCUCCAAAGUGUAUUUUGAGGUUAUUAACAGAAGAAUGUAGAAUGCCAAAAGGAUCCGAUAUUACUUAUGUAUCUAAAUUGCAUCAAGAAUUUGAAGAUCAUCAUAAUUAUGUAAAAGGAGAUGAUCGUAGAAGGUGGGAGAAAGAAUUUGGAGUAAAACAUUAUGCUGGAGAUGUUGUUUACACAGUUGAAGGAUUUUUAGAAAAAAAUAAAGAUGUUCAACAAGAUCAAUUGUUUGAAUUAAUGCAACAGUCUUCAAAUACUUUUGUUCAAGACUUAGUGAAAUUUCAGGAUUUAUUAGGAGUUACUAUUAAUCGUCUUGGUAAUGGAAGUACAAUGUCUAGAACUAUGACAAAAGGUCGUCCUACUGUAGCUGAUGCUUUCCGUCAUCAAUUAACUGCUCUUGUUGAUGUUUUACAAGCUACAACACCCUGGUAUGUUCGAUGUAUAAAACCUAAUACAAAGAAAAUGCCAAAUAAUUAUGAUGAUGAACAAGUUUUAACACAACUGUGUUAUUUAGGAAUGUUGGAUAUUAUAAGAAUUCGACGAGAAGGUUUUCCUAUUCAUACAUCAUUUAAAGAAUUUUUAUUACGGUAUCGAGGUUUAGUAAGGAGCAAAUAUCCAAGUGAUCCUCGUGAAGGAGUGAGUUAUAUAUUGCAGUCUCUUGGAUUUUCUAAAAUGGAAUGGCAAAUUGGAAAAACUAAGGUAUUUUUAAGAAGUUGUGUUCAUGAACCUUUGGAAGAUCAAAGAACAAUACUUAUUCAUGCUAUGGCUAUAAUUAUUCAAAAAACUUGGAGGGGAUUUUUAUGUAAAAGAAUUUAUCUGAAGAAAAGGAAAGCUGCAAUUUGUUUUCAAAGGCGAUUUCGUGGACGUCGUCAAAGAUUAUGCUACCUUCGUAUGCGAAGAGCUGCAAUUACACUACAAGCCUAUGUUCGAGGUAUGUUUGCUCGUGAAGUAGCAAAUGCACUCAGAGAGAUGAGAAGGGUUGAAGCUGAAAUGAGAAGAAAAGAACAAGAAGAAGAAGAAAAGAAAAGGUUGGAAGCUGAAAAACAAGAAAUGGAAGAACAAGAACGACAAGCUUUAGAAGAAUCAAUUAGCAAUCAGACUGAAAAAGAAAGUGGUGCUACUCAACAAGAAUUAGCAGCCAUUGCUACAUUAGUGGAACAAAAUGUCCGUAGAGCACAGGAAGCAUCAGAAUGCCUUGAUCUGGAUGAAAUGUUUUCAUUUCUUAGUGAUGUUCAAGAAGCACGACCUAAUGUUCAGGAAUUUGUAACUGAAAUAGGACAACAAAUGGAAGCGUUGCUGCAAGAUGUUGAAACAACAGAAGCUGAAGAGGAAGAAAGUUGUAUUUCUUCUGAUGUUCAGAGUGUAACUCCAGAGCCAUCUCCAAGUCCUCUUCCUCCACCAAGUCCAAGUCCACUUGCUACAAGUCCUUCUUAUUCUCCUUGUCCAGAGAGUGUUGCUUCUGACAGAAUUUUAUCUCCUUCACCGCUUCCUCCUCCUACCUCUCCAGUUAAUAUAAUGAAUGGAGAUGUCAGAAAAACCCCUUCUCCUAUAAAAACUAUAGUCAACCAUUCAAAUAUAAAAUCACCAACUCCAUCAACAGUUACCUGUCUCAAAGAAGAAAAAAUUUAUUCAAAAGGUGUUUUGGAUUCUCAAGAUGUUAAACUAGAUAAUAAUCAUUUGAAUAAUGUUGAACCAGAAGAAGUUGAACGUGAACAAAGACGAAAAUUAAGAAUUGAGAAAAGGUUAAUUGAAAUUGAAGCAGAAGAACAGAGACUAUAUGAAGAAGAAGAUGAUUAUCAUUAUGAUAUGAUUCAGUUUGCUGAAAAAUAUUUUAAUUGUCAUGUUCGAGAUAUGGGUGGAACUGUUAUGAGGACAUUAACUAGACGAAGGAAAUCUUCAGGUGAAGUUAUGCCAAAAUAUGAAAUGGUUACUCAUACUCGUAACAGUGCAAUUCCUACUUCUCAUAUACAUAUGUAUGAUCCAGAAAAUAUUACAAUUGCAUGUACAAUUUUCAAGGAUCUUAGUAAAUAUUUACGUGGUGAAUUAAAGCCUGAAGGUGAUGUUCAAGUAAUUCAGUCAAUUAUUGGUUAUGGUAUUGAAAGAGAAGAAUUAAGAGAUGAGAUAUUAGUGCAGUUAGUUCGUCAGUCCACUAAUAAUCCAUGUCGUGAAUCUUUAUUAAGAGCUUGGCUUGUAUUAUGUUUGUGUGUGGUAGCAUUCCAUCCAAGCAAGACUUUUAGUCGUUAUUUUCACUGUUUUCUUCGUAAAAAUCUUCGUGAAGAUAGAUGUAUUGCUAGAUAUGCUCAAUGGUGCUUAGAUAAUCUUCAUAGUACCAAAGUUACUGUUAGAAAAAUGCAUCCAUCAUCUUUAGAGAUUAAUGCUGUUCGUAAUUUAAAUAAUUUGGGUUGCCGAUUUUACUUUUUGGAUGGUCGUACAAAAGCCAUUAAUAUACAUCCUUCUGAUACUGCAAUGGAUGCCAUGCAACAAUUAGCAAUAAAGAUUGGUUUAAGAUCAUUAGAUGGUUGGGCAUUAUAUGAGUGUACACCAGAACAAGAACAUGUAAUAAAAGGAUAUGAAUAUAUUGCAGAUAUUAUAUCACAAUGGGAAAUGUGCCAUCGUAGUUCAGCUACUUUUAGUAAAUAUUCUACACUUUCUAAAAAGGGUCCAACUUUAGCUCUAGGUGGAGGAGAAUGUCAUCUUUUAUUUAGAAAAAGAUUGUUUCGAAAUCCAAGGGAGAUUCCUCAAGAUCCUGUUGAAGUUAAUUUAUUAUUUGCCCAAGCUGUACAUGGUGUUGUAAAGGCUGAUGAAUUUCCAGUGAAUGAACGUAUUGCUUUACAAUUAGCUGGUUUACAAGCACAAGUUUUAUUAGGAGAACCACAAGAAGGAAGAUUAGAUAGAUACUCAGAUGUAAAUAAUUAUCUAUGUGAAAGAAUUCAGUUAGCAAGAAAAGAUUGGCCAAAAGAAAUAUCUGAAGCUCAUAAGUUUUAUGGCAGUGGAAAAUCAGAAGUUGUAGCCAAAGUAUGGUAUCUUUCAGUUGUUAUGCAGUAUCCACUCUACGGGACCACUCUUUUUUCUGUUAUUUAUAAAGGUUAUCUUUCUUAUGGUCAUCAACUUGUUUUAGGAGUGAAUGCUGAAGGAAUAUUAAUGGUUAAUCCAGGAGACAAAGCCAUAUUAAAUGCUUAUCGUUAUUGUGAUAUAGACUCAGUCAUGGUUGAUCCUAGUGACGAUUUAAUAACAAUUCAUUUGAUGAAAUCUCUACCUGAUACACAUAAGUGCUUUAUAUUUGAAACUAAACAAAAACAUGAAUUAGCAAAUCUUAUUGCAAGUUACUCUCCUACACAUGCAGGUUGGUUAAGGCCUACUUAUGAAGUUGGAAGAAGGUUGAAAUUGACGUUUGAAGAUCGUCAAAAACUUUAUCGUGAUGUUAUUAAUUGUCGUCAUAUAUUGGUAGACAGUGGAUUAAUGAGGAAACCACAAGAAGAAAACAUUGGUCUUUUUCGUAGUACUCUUCGGAAACUGAAUAGAAAUAGAUUAGAUAAACUACGACAAGAAUAUGGAGAAACUGAAGAAAAUUACAAAUCUUUUCGACAUAGCCAUUGGGCAUUUAGCAAAAUUGGAGUACAGCAUAGUUUAAGUGUUAUUCCUGAGUCUGAUGUAGAAGAUGCAGCUAUUCAUAUAUUUUCUUCUAUAUUAGCAUAUUCUGGAUUGUUAGAAAGAGAAGAUGAAGAAUGGCUUGCAGAAAAAGAUCAUUUGCAAUUGGCUCAAUACAUUUUAGAUCGUUGUAUGAAGAAAGAAAUUCUAUUGAAUGAAUUAUUUCUUCAGUUGAUUAAACAGACAACAGAUCAUCCAGAUGCAAAUAGUCGAGUUAAUUUAAGACAUUGGCAAUUAAUGGCACUUGCAUGCAGUGUGACAUUUCCAGUUCAAAAAUUGGUUUUAAAUUAUCUUCAAUCACAUUUAAGAAAAUGUGCUAUUGAUGAAGUUACUGAAGAAGGGCAAUAUGCUCAGUUUUCUUUGAGGUGCCUUAUUAGGACACUUGAGACAAGAGGACGUAAAUGGCCACCGUCCAAACAAGAAAUUGCUUGUACUAUUAGUCGAAGACCUAUUCAUGCAAGAGUCCAUUUCUUGGAUGGACAGUUCCAUGCAGUUGAAUUUGAUCCUUGUGCUAUUAUGUUUGAAGUUUUGGAAAUGAUAAAAAUUAAAAUAGAUUUAAGACCGGGUGCUGAAGGUUAUGCUCUUUAUGAAGUUAUUGGGGGUACAGAGAGAGCUUUGCUACCAGAUGAAAAAGUUGCAGAUGCAUUAGCAAAGUGGGAACGCUGGUUGCAAGGACAAAAUAAAUCAUCAUCAUCACGAAAACAUCAGUAUUUUCUUUUCAAGAAACAUCUGUUUCUGGAUGCUUAUAUUGAUAUGAAAGAUCCUGUUGAAAAAGAAUUGUUAUAUCAUCAAAUUGUUCAUAAUAUAAGACAUGAUCGUUUCCCUGUAACAGAACAAGAAGCAGUUAUGCUUUGUGCUUUAACUGGACAGCAGGAAUAUGGUGAUUGUCAACAAGGACAAUGUGACUAUAAAAAUAUAAUGGCACGUUGUCUUCCUCCUCGGCUUCUUGUCUCAAUUUCUCCAGAAGAUGUAGAAAUCCAACACCGAAUUCUCGCUGGUAUGGAUGUAAACCAGAGCAAGCAAGGUUUCUUAGCCCUUGUUCAGUCCUGGCCUCUUCAUAGAGCCACCAUCUUUGAGGUUAUGCAGUCCUAUACAUCAUCUUGGCCAAAGAGCUUAUGGCUUGCUGUUGAUCAAGUUGGAAUUCAUCUCUUGGAAUUAAGAACAAGGAAUGUCCUAUGUACAUGUGAAUAUGAAACAAUUGUAAACUAUAGUCCUUCCUUAAAUAGUUUGAUGAUUGUUACUGGAACAGGUCGAAAAGGAUCAAAAUAUAUUUUCUCAACUAGUCAGGCUACUCAAAUUGCCCACUUAAUUCGAGAUUAUACAAAUGUUAUUGUUAUGAAAAGGAAGCCAGUAGAAGUUGCCAGAAGGAGACGAACACAGGAAUUAACAAUGGAACAAAAUAAUCAUCAUGCUACCAGACCAGUCAGCAUUUUGUAUAAACCACCACCUCAACUAAUAACCCAUGAACCAGUGUGAAUCACACUUAAGUUGCCUGAGUGCCUUGUGUGUACGACAAAUUAGUGCGCUGAUAACAUGGGGCAUUUGUAUAUAGUAGCGCUUCAGUUGUAACUCCUGUAUCAAUGGUGUCGAUUGGAUAUAUAUUAUAUCCUAAAUGUCAAAGAAUGGGAGAAAAUUUUCAAUUUGUCCCAUGCAUUGUUUGAUAGAAAUUUAAUUGCGUCAUUUAUUUGACUGGAAUGAAAAAAAAAAAAAAAAAACAAUAAAGGAAAGACUAACUAUAUUAAAUAAGAGUUGCUGAAUGAUGUCAGUGCAUCUUUUCUUCAAAACUGCCAAUUUUUUUUACUUUAUGAGAAAAUAUAUUCUCCAAUACUUAAAAUCAUUGACGGUAGGAGAAUUUCUGAAUCCAAAUUAAUAUAAGUGAUGAAAUGAUCAGAGGUAAAAUUUUAUGAUCAUAGAAAAAUUAAGGG